AUAAAUUUGCACUUUUCUUUUUCAGAAUAAUUUUCAAAAUCAUUAUGUGUAUAAUAUGUAAUUUCCUUCAUUCUUUCUCCAUGUAGGUUUUUUAUAAAUCAUAUUACUAAUAUUUAAAAAUCAUGCCAAGUUUCUUUAAGAAAGUACAAAAUUUUAAAUUGACAAAAUGGUCUACAGAGACGUUAAGACUAAUUAUUUGAUAAGACUAUGCAACUGACAGUGAACGAUUAACCAAAAAAAAUGCAGGAGCUAGAAGAUCUUAUUAGUUUAGGCGUCAAUGUCGUACUCCCGAUUUUCUUCACCGUUUCGAAAAUCAUCUGCAUGAACAACGCGUUCUACUGGCUGCAGGUGAAAUCGGACUUUUAUAAAAUCAGGAGAUACGUGGAACAAUCGUGCCGGCAGCUUUCCGAGGCCAAAUUCAGGGCGGGGAAGAAGGCCGUGCUGGCCGGCAAAGAAGUCACGAGCAGGUUGAACGUCGAGGACUGCAUGGGGAUGCUAUUCGAUUCUGCAAGGGGGGCCGCCGUUGCCAUGUCGCCCCCGGACGAGGACAUUGAGUUCGUCACGUACCUGUCAGUCGUAGUCGCGGCUCACAUGAUCAACACUUGCUCCAGCCUCAGCCAAAGUGCCGAUCUCCAGCCGGACCUGGAGUACGAGAUGGUCCACACUAUGGAAGCGUGCGCUGGCGUUCUUAAAACAAUCAUAUUCUUAGACGAGAUGAUCGCUCUGCAAAUGGCCAUUGUCUACCAACUUAUUCUAAUUUUCAUUUUGUAAAUUUCGUCGAAAAUGAAAUCGGAGUAACAAAAUCUAUCGCUUGACAUCCAUUCAUCGAUCAAAUGACAUUAAAUUUAUAAUUCGCCGUGGGAAAAUCACUUUUUUUAACGAACCACUAAUAAAAUGUGUUAAUAUAUUCA